UUGGUGUUGCCUAGCAGCAAACAAACAAAUACGAUAACAAGUUUUUCUGACUGUCUAGGAAGGCAUAUCUUAACAGUGAUUUAAUUACUAUAUUUAAGUUCAAAUUUUAGUUAAACGAUGGAUAUGGAAACUGAAAAGGAGAAGCACAGCGAUGAGUUGAUGAAUCGCAUAAGGAAUGAACUAACAGCCAUUAUAUCGCAGACAACUACCGAAGAAAGGGAGAAAGCCAAUGAUGAACUCUUGAGCCCGAAUCCCUUGCCCAUUUUUGGGCCAAUAAGUAAAACUAGGUUUAGAAAAUCAACGAAGUCGGGCCACACCAAGAAAAAGGUGGAUAAGCCCUCUUCUGCAGGCAGUGCGAAGACUUCCUCGGAAGGAAGCGGAUCAUCUGAAGAUCGUUUAGCGGGAGGAGAUGUCCAGAAAAAGGCCACGAAUCCGACUUCCACCACCUCCAGUUCCUCACUCGGAACAGAGAGUUCUGGUCAGUAUGAAGGUCCACCCAAGGACCCCAAAGCCCGCGCAGAGUUCAUGGAAUCCUAUGCGGCCAAGAGCAUUGAUGACGACGUUCAAAAGAUGCAGUUGGAACUGAAGCAGAGCUAUGAGCUUUUUCAGGGUAUUGGAGAGAAAUUCGAGUCGGUGAAUUUCACUGGCUUGCAAAACCGCAUUCGAGAUCUACAUCUGAACGACUCCAACAACGAAAUAGGCAAGGCAACAACCCAGGAGCUGCAAAAGAUGUUCGACCAGCGCUUUCUGCAGAAUCGUCUGGACAAGCUCUCUACGGAUGCGACUGAGGGUUUCCGUCGGCAUCCCGGGGAAUUUGGAGACAUCCCAGAGCUAAGCACUUUCUUCCAGGCUUGCACUCAAUUGGAACAUGGACUGGAUGCACUACGUCAACAGAGACGACGCAACAGCGAACUGGAAAAGCGGCUUUGUUGGGCUACCGAGAUUGCCUACGAUCGCAUGGAUGAGAUUCGCAAUUCCGUGGGCUCCGAUCCGGAAAAGAACUUCUAAUUUGCCCUUUACUUAGUCAUAGAACAUAUACUAUAUGUAGUUAUUUUACGGUUCAUCCAAAAGUUCAUUACCCGUAUACACAUACACAUGCAGGUGCAAUACAUAUGGAUAUUCCCCACAGA